AAGGAGAGGAAGUUUUUAGGUUUCUGGGUUUGCUUUCUUCUGUUCAUAAUCUAAAAGUUUUGUACAAGAGUUUCUGAUAAAAAUUGGCAUGAUUUUCAGGUUUCCUACAAAACUUUUUGGUGUCAUGAUCAUGAAUUGUGCAAAGAGGUUAUUAAGCUUAAAGUUUGUACAAGGGGAUGUUUCUCAUAAAAAUUAGCAUAAUUUUCUGGCUUCCUGCAAGUGGCUGAGUUGUUUCUUUUUGGUGUCAUGAAAUGUUGCAAAGAGGUUACUCAUGGAGCUUGUUUGGAAAACAUGGCAAUGGGUUGGAAAUAGUCUGUACCUUGUCUUCUCGGUUGAUGAGCAGUCUUCCAAGUUACCAUAUAAGGCUUCUUAGAGGACUUAAACUCACAGAAUUAGAAACUUGGGCAAAUUGGUUAGAAUCCAACAUCAGUCCUCUAUGUCCUCAACACACAUCUGUGAACCGUUCAGGGCUUUCACCUCUUCCUCCAGAACCAGUUGCUCUCAACAAUGGUUGUGAUGCAAAUCAUGAUAUCUCUCUUGCUAUAGUUACUAGACCCAGUUUUAAGGAAUUGAAGAGGAAAAGAAGGGACAUUGGCCAUGGCAGUUGAACUUAACCAGCAACAGGAGGUAUAUCAAGGAGAUUGAACUUGUGAAACAUGCAGACUUUUACAAGUUUCACUCAUCUGUUUCUUUUGGGAUAUACAACAUAGAAAGUGAAGCAGGAAAGAAGAGGAUUUAGCAAGAGGUAACUUGCAGUUUAUGCUAUAGUUUGUUGAUUACUCAUAAUAUCCACUUAGUAGCCUAUUUCUAUUUCCUUUUAUGGGCAAUUAGCCUUUCAUUCAUGCCAUGAUAAUCUAGAACUUGCCUUGUGAUUUUUUGUCUUGCAGAUUGGCCACCAUUUGCCCCAGUUGUUCAUUAUGAUGUUGCAAAUGAUAAUGCUGAUUUAUGACAAAAGUUGAUGUUUAUUGCCCUUCCAUCAUUCUUAGGUAUGCAAGAUUUUUGCAUUUUUACUUUUCGUUGUGGUUAUUUUAGCCUUGCAUUUUGGUAGAUUAUAUUUAUUGACUGAAUUCAUGCAAUUGUAUACAUGAUGUUAUUUAUAGUUAUCGAUCAAUGCCUCUAUUGAUAUAUGUUAUGAUUGGUAAAUGUAUUUUUUUUCCUUAUGCAAGAUUGGUUCUGUGCUUUUUCUGGAAUGACGUAACUGCUACUGCAGCAUGCAUCAAAGGGGAAAGAUGGAAGCAUCAUACUGGGGAAUUGGAUCUCGUCUUCCCAUCCUGAUGAUAGUUCGCAAAAUCUUACAAGAACUAAAGAUCAACCAUUACU